GUUUCGAGAGCUCGGGGUGGAAGGACGUCGCGGGGCGGUGCUUGUAAAUGUCAACCGGCAGAGGAUUGUUUUGUUAUGCUUUGAUGUCGUCCGCGUAAACCCAUCGCGGUAUCGAACGUCAGUCUGUUCGCGAGUGUUUUCGCGUAACAGUCGACCGCGAUAUCGUUCGAACCUUUCGCUCCCGGGAGCGAUAAUCUCGACCGGUCUUCCGCGUAGACUCCGAAAAGUGUGUCAAAGUCGAUGUAACGUGUUCUGUGCAUCCAUAGUCAGCGUAGCUGUGAGUGCCCCUAACGUUUCGGAUAACGACUUCUGCAGAAAAAAUGCCGGGGCGGUAGUGAUCGUGGCCUCGAAGCGAGUCCUUUUACGGCGGGGACGAGCAUCGAAAGCGGCGACCAUCCUCCCUUCUCCAUCCUCGACUUUGGCCCACAGAGACGAAAGGCACCAGGCCGUCCAGCGACCAGAACGUGGAAGGAAAAACGAGAAGAACCAGACCUGGCGAGAGAGAAAGAGAAAAAGAGAGAGAGAGAAAGAAACAUCGGGAGUCUAGACGCCGCAGGUACAGUCAGCAUGGAAUAAAGGAACAGAGGCGAAAAGGGGAUCGCAAACGAAGGAUCCAGGGGAAGAAAGAUCGUCGCGGGCCUGGACAGGGCCAGCUAAGACCGGGAUGAAGUAGCACGGAGGAGAGGGAGAUGAUUUUGAGGGAUAUCGAAGUCGGGGGAAGGCCAGACGUCGAUUCGUAGGAACCAGAGAGGCCUGAUAAGAAGAAGAAGAAGAUAACAGGAAGAAGAUAUCGCACGGUGGCGAGGUUUGAAGGGGAAUUGGGGAAGGUUGGAGCAGAGUAUAGAAACGCAGAGGUAGCCGAGAAGACGCAGACCUAGGAAACUUGGAGUAGACUGCAAGACUGAGUAGAGUGGUUAAAAGUGAAGAGGCGCAGUGUCGACGGGACUCAAAGUUCGAGAAUCUGGAGUAGAGUCAGGAAGAAUCGUCUGCCAAUAGGAAGCCUCAGGAUCGACGAGACUCAAAGUUCAGGAAACUGGAGUAGAGUCAAGAAGAAUCGUCUGCCAAUAGGAAGCCUCAGGAUCUUCUCAGGAAAUUUCAGAGACCUCGAAUAGAGCCAAAACAGACUAGAGUCGAAACAGACUAGAGUCGAAACAGACUAGAGCCGAAACUUGUUGAGUCCAGUCCGUGCCUGCGUAACGCACGAGAGGAAUUGAAAUCCUCGAGGGACCUACCCGAAGAUUGAUCUCGAGGGAUAACGCAGACGGACUAAAUGCCAGAUAAAAGAAGGGCGGUGUAAGAGGGGCAGGGUGGGGUGGUGGGUCAGAAGAGUGGUCCAGGGAAGAGGAGGCUGCGCUCAGGGAGAGGAAUGGGUGCCGGGAUGGGCAGGAGCGGCACGAGCGGCGGCUUUCUCGAGGCCCUUCCUACGGGAACGCCGCUCCACGUGGCCAUGCUCGGCCUGGACAGCGCAGGCAAGACCACCGCCUUGUAUCGACUCAAGUUCGACCAGUACCUCAACACCGUGCCCACCAUAGGCUUCAACUGCGAAAGGAUUCGCGGUGGCAUCGGCAAAGCGAAAGGUGUGAAUUUUCUCGUGUGGGACGUGGGCGGGCAGGAGAAGUUACGACCGUUGUGGAAGUCCUACACCCGAUGCACGGACGGUAUUAUCUUCGUGGUCGACUCCUGCGACGCCGAGCGACUCGAAGAAGCGAAAAUGGAGCUCACCAGGACGGCCAGGAGCCCGGAUAACGCCGGCGUGCCCAUUCUGAUCCUGGCCAACAAACAGGAUCUGCCAGGUGCCAAAGAGGUAGGGGAGCUGGAGAAGCACCUGGGGGUCCUGGAGCUGGCAGGAAUGCCUGGUAGCGCGUGCAUCAGGGUGCAGCCCGCUUGCGCGAUCACGGGCGAGGGCCUCCACGAGGGGUUGGACACGCUGUACCAGCUGAUCCUGAAGCGACGCAAGCUGGUGAAGCUGAACAGGAAGCGGGCCAGGUAGGCCAGGGCUUCGGAGGACUGCACGUGCGUCUUCUGAUAUUGUCAGUCGCGGACAGUCUCUCCUUUGACGACAGCCACGCCUUCCACGGUGUCUUCUUCCUCGUCCUCCUCGUCAUCGCACGACGGUGACGACCGGGAGGUGCUCGAGUGAAUGUGCGCUCCUCUUCACGUGGACAAUUCUUUAUCGUCGCGGAACGUCCCGGUGUUCACGACGAUCGUUUCUGGACCAGCGUUGCUCGACCUGGCGGAGCGACAGGUGUCCUCGAAGACAUCCAUGUUGGAAUCGAGCGGCGCGAGGGUCGUCAGAAUUUUUUACGAGGGUCCUCUGUUUCUCUUCGAGGGAAGGUAGAGGAUUUCUUUUUUUUUAGAGAAAAGGCCUCGUCACCGACGAAAGGACGCGCGUUCCAGGUCUCGACGAUGGAUCUGGACGACGUCACCCUCGCGGUGUAUUUUUUAUCAAACCUGAACCGAUGGACUGAAAAGAGACGUUCGAGGAACGUUAUCGACGACCAAGAUCGUCCCGAUAACGAGGGUGUAGAUAAUUCUCCAAGACUGGAACGAUAAACGAGGACUCGAUCGCCUGAAUCGCGGUGCUCCGCGACCGGUUGUUUAUCGGACGACAACGAAACAAGUGCUUCUUCGCUGACUACAUAGAAGCUCUAUUUUACCAAAUUCCGAAUCACGGGGGGAAAACUUCACGACGACGGCGCGCGGAAUAUCGCCCGAGUCUCUCGACUCGUUAUCGAUAACGAGCUCGUUGCCGCCCAAUUUUCGCGCCUCGGAUCGAACGCAAGAACGGGACGCCGCCUAUUUUGUUACCGAGGAUCGGAACAUCGACGAGAGGUUCAGCAAUAGCGACGGCUUCAUCGCUGAUAACGAUGACGUCGAGCCCUGUUAACGCAUUCGCGACCGCUGACGUUAAUUCGUCUAUUCGCGAGGUCUAUUUACGCGUGCCGCAACGUGUUAUCGUCGCUUCCUAGACAAAUUGAUACGCGGCCGACGUUUCGCGAUUUAUAACGUUAGAGAAACUCGUUCUUUAACGAAACUUUUCCAAAGUACGGGACUUACGACGCUCUGGUAACUAAACGUAAUAACGACAAGUCAUCCGUAACGAAUACGGUCUUAUAGAUGAAGCAUAUAAUCAUUUAUAGAAUAUGUAGAUAUAUAUAUGUGUGUGUAUUUACAGGAUGUCACACCUAGACCACCUGAAUAUCUCUCUCAAUUUCGCUUAUAAAUUCAUGUUUCUUUUCUAUCGUUUUAUGUAGCUGAUAUUAAAAUACGCUUCGUUCAAAUUGCAUGUAAAACAUUUGUUGAAAUUAAUUGUAAAAGAUGUAAAUGGGAAAGACGGAGCCAUGCGAAUCCUUUGGGGGAGCAUUGUAAUAAAUACAAUACAAAUAUUUGUUGAAAUUGUCACAAUUGAAACACAUAUUCAGGUGGUCUAGUUUAGAUGUGACACCCUUUAUAAUAUAACAUUAUAUAUCUAUUGUAUGUAUAUGUGUAUAUAUAUAUAUAAUAGAUGACUUGUUGUUAUUAUAUACGUAAUAAUUCUUAACUCUUAAAUCAGAAUAAUUGAAUUGGACUAAGGUUUUCGGCAACCGGGAAAUUCUUCAUGUUGGCGCGGUCGCGAAUGGGUUGAUAGCGACAAACGGAUAGGUCCAUGAACGGAUCGAAGCGAACGAGUCGCGAGGACAGUUGGAUUUGAGUGGCGGCCAAUUUUCUACGAUUCGCGAACGGUCUACGAUUUUUUUACCGGACUCUGAACGAGUCGGACAGGAUCCCGUUAGACCGCUCUUGGUACGCGGGGGAAUCUCUAACAAUCAUAAUCGAUUAUCAUACUAGAGGAAUGCUCGUAGUACGCGUCGAUAGUCGUUGAGGUGGAUCGCGGACAUAGGAGUCCCAGCGGUGACCGUGCCUCUCCAGAUUUUUGCACCUUUAUACGUUGUACGCGAGAAGAAACCAGGAUGUCCCGUCGUGGCCUCGCUCGAGACGAUUUUUUGUAAAACUAAUGUGAUAACAGAACCCUCAACCCCAACCCUAACCGGUAACUAGCGUAUCGCGCGUGCAUACGCGCGAGUCCGUAUAUUUGUACUCGUCGUCCGUCGUGCUGCGUAGCUCGGGAAGACGAGAGACGAGCUCUCGCCGCAGAGGAGGCGAAUCGAUCGUUUUGAGCUUUGCUCGGAAACCAUACAUAUCUCGAGGGUGUCUGAACGGGUGCUACUCUCGACGAUCGUUGAAUCAAAAGCGUAAUAUAUCGUUUGUUAGGAUAGCUAAUUCGUUGCGUUUGAAUUUGUCAAGGCAUGUCCAACGGUCGGUCCGUCGCGGGCAACCGUCUCGAACGAACGAGCUAGAACUCGCGAUUUUCAAGCGCGAAUGCGAUACACCGAUAAUGAUACACACUUGUUUAUUGGUAAACUUGUUAAUACCGCGACAAUCGCGGCACGUGUGGUUCGUUUUACUAUUCGUGCCGCGGCAUGUAUUAAUAGCGCGCCAGAAGAAUGAACACGAGCCGCCUCCGUUCGAGUAUCAACGCGUAGAAGCGUUCGCCUCGUCCACGCCCGCGGCAUCUAAAAAUAAUCCAAGGUUUGGAAAGGGCGUGCAUCGAUAAGUACGCCAUUUUGUCACGGGAACGCCUAACCAAAUAAUGCACAACUAGAGUCCCGGUAGCGUAUUCAUUCUUCUUGGCGUGUCAUUGAUAUACAUAUCAUUUUAUUACAUAGAGAAAUUAUUCUUCUGCUUGUCCUUAAUAUUCACAUUAUAUUACUAUCCCGCGAUCGCUGUUUGCCCGCAAGGGCGUCGAGUUGAACAUGCCUGCGUUAGUUGUUCGAGAAUACCUCGAACGGUUUAUGCGAGUUUAUACGUUGCUUAGCGGAAAGUAUCGCGGUUUGAAGGGUUUCUAGGCUAGACCCGUUCGGUCGAGGUUUUAUUGCCGAUCUUUUCCAAGUUCGAGCGAAGCGAAAGAGCUCAAAACGGCGGCAGCUUGCAUUUCUUGCCAGUGUGUACCCUCAGCGGCCUCUUUAACAUACCCGCUUCCGGUGUGGGCAGUUGUUAUCGAUGGCAGAUAUUUUUUAACCGUUGGAUCGGCGUGGUUCAACGCAAACUCUGUAAUCAGCCACGGUGCAGUAUCGUUAUCUGACCCUUCGAGUUGUCACCUAUUCGCGCAGCAGAAACGGGAUAUUACCGGUAAUACGCACCACUGAAGUUCUGCGACUGAACCGAUAGCCACCUUUCAGGCAUCGAAAAAUAUCGCCAGAGUUAUGGAAUAACUCCGAGCAAAGGUGUGCUUUUUCUUUUUGUUUCUAAACUUCUUAUAUUCGCGUGGACUUGUUAUAUUUUAAACGCGUUCCCGAAAAUGUUCUAGCGAGUGAUGUUCUCGUGGCUCUCCCUUCCUCCCAGUUUCUCCAAUUUUCCUUCAACCAUUCAAAUUUCAAUAUUUGCUACGACGGUCCAAGCUUACCGUGGAUUUCCCCCAAAAUCAAACCAGGAAGACUUACCAAAAAUAUUUGUUAUCAGAACACACACUCUGAUCAAGAUUAAUUGGAUCAUCUAUGGCCACCAUUUUGAGUAUCACAAACACAACUGGCAAACACGAACGACGAAUGAAGGGAUCUUCGAAUGAUUCGAAAGGAUUUUUCGUUCCAUGAUUUCUAACUAAACGAAAAUCCAAGAGGGAACUCAAUCAUCGUAUAGAAUCGAACACGCGGAGCGCAUUGUCGUUGCGAAGAAGAGGACGAGCCGUGACGAAAUGGAACCUGUUUCUUCACAGUUCACACUUUAUUGCUUGGAAUGUUCCGCGGUUUCUUAGGACACACUUUCCGGACUCCAAGUAUGCACGCGGAACGGCUACCGAAGAUUUAUCGCUUCCAGUUGCGCCUCUCGAACUUCCGCCGAUGUUAUUUUCAAUUUCAACGUACGUUCUAUAACCAUCAAGGAUCAACAGUAACGUUACGUACUCUACGCGCAUAUCCCACAGGAUGGAACAACGAUGAAACAUUUUUCGGCUGUACCUUAUUUACGAGAAAAUGCCGCGAUUACGCAAGUAUGGACGCUGCAUUUUUGGUAUUUGUAAAUAGUUUCACUAUUGCGCCAGGCUGCAUCUUCUUCUUGCUUUACUUUCACUUGUUGCGACCUACCAUAUACGGUCAUAACGUUCUUCCACAGGCGCGCAAGUUCUGCUGUACAACUAUAUAAACGAAGUGCUGUUAUAUUGGGUAUUCCAAAAAAAUAUUGUAACUCCUUGAAAGGGGUGGUUCGGGAGGUGAUUUGAAACAAUUUUUUCCUUAGCGAAAAUGUUAUCCGAGGCUUCGUUAAGGAGAUAUUAACAAAAAUACCCCGACCAAUCAGAGCUCGUGUAUACCGUUGGAAUCACCCCUUUCAAGGUGUUGCAACAUUUUUGGGACACCCUGUAUAACCGAAGUGCUAUUAUAAAUUCAUUUCUUAAAGAGGCUACGAUUCAAGUAUCCUUUCUCUAGUAAAUUAUAACGCUAUUUCUCCAUCGAUGCAACGAUUGUAUGCAAAAAUUAUCAUUAGCGCGACUAAUUAAACGAUGGAACUUUCAAUUGGACCGAAGACAGACGAAGAGCAAUGAAAAUUUCACACACGAUUAGAAUCUGAUUUCCAUCUUUAAAAAAAAAAAAUGAAGCGUUGCGCUGAUUCAACGGUGAUUCCUAAUGGAGAGCGUACAUUAUUUAUCAAAGGUAAAAGCUCCUCCAAGUGAACUCUGGAACUUUCAGGUGAACCAACAGUCGAAGUCCACGGGAACCUCGCACAAUGGGUGUCCGAUAUUUGUCGUUGAAGUCGCUCCCGUCUAAAACCAGCACAGUUGUCCAGGACCCAACAUCCUCGUUGGAAGUUCGCCGAACACCACAGACCUUUCCUUUUCACGUCCGCCCCACUUCCAGCGUCGCCUUAACCCAGUUCCUCGGAACUUCCGGUGGCACCGAUUGCCUCCACCGACAGCUGAAUUACCACUAAUUAACGCGUCUAAUUAGCACGUCCCGGUCCACGCCAGCCACGGAAGGGUGUCGCGACGAGAACACACGAUCCUCGCCUGUACGGAUGCGACGUAAACAGAACGAUAUUAAACGAAAACUAGAGGGAAUUCUAACGACUGUAAUGAGUGACGAUGCUAGUCGACCCGAGAAUUAAUCGAGGAACAGGAAAGAUGUUAGGAUGACGAGUACGUCUAGCGUACGCCAAAACGAACAUUAUAUUCUAAGGACACUUUGUACAUAGGCAACCCAGGCUGUAAGUUUCGCAGGAUCUCUCCAGCCUAGUGGAAUCCGAAUUCGCAACUUCUCUACGUUCGGUUUCGAAUUUUAAUUACGUUUCGGUAACGAUGCGGUCGAUAAUUGUUUAUUUCUCUUCGAACGAUUCACAAUUUCGGUUUUUGUAACAUAUCAAACUUUCAGUAAGCUCCUCUAUCGCGUUUUAAUCGAAAUCGAAAAAUUUUCUAAAUUAAGAAUGAACGAAAUUUAACGAAUCGAAGAUCAGGUGUAUUAGGUUACUAGUCUCAGUCCUAAUUCUGGUACACGCGAAUUCCCGGGCCUGGAGUCAAUCCUCGCAAUAUCUGUCGAGACGUGGUUGUUGUUUUUAUAUCGACUUGUCGUUCAAAAUUCUAUUGUACGCUAUACUUGCCCUUGUUGUGUUUUAUUAUCAUUCAAUAUUUUAUCUCGUGCUUCGAUCGAUAGAUUACAUAUUUAUGUAUUAUACGUAGCGACGAUUAAAUAACCGCGGCGUAAUCGAGCGCGGAAUCGUAACGAGCGCGCCAAAAAAUAAUAAUAAAAAAAAAAAGCAAAGCGAAAUCGUCUUUUUACUGUAACGAGAACAAUUAUUAUAUCGUCGUUCGUCCCCACGCCGCUUGUAUAUUCGUAUAUCUGUGUAGUAGCCUCGCCCAAUUUCUCGUGAGUGUGUGAGUACACCGGGUGAAUGUUGAUUAUACAAGAACAAGCCCGUUCUGACCGAAUGGAUUCUUUUCGACUAUCAGCGAGGAUUUUUCCAAAUAAAUCAGCUAAUUCCGUUAUGUUUUAA